AAGAUGCUGGGUGGCAGCCUCAGACUCUUCCAAUGAAUCUCCCCGAGGUGAUUUUUCUUUCUGAGUGGAAACUCUGUCCUGCAGGAUCCACCCAAGACUCCUCCCAGGUACUCGCACAGUCACCUCACUUCCUAUAGGAAGCUGAGGCCCCAGGUGGAAGCCCCAGACUCCUCCAGUGAAGCCACCUGACAUGAUUUUUCCCUUUUGGAGAAAACUGCUGCAUCUGGGAUCUACCAGAGACUCCUCCUGCUCUGGUCCUGUCUGGUCCCUGCCCCACAGUGUGUCCCCAGCACAUGUCCCUGUGCCACCGCAGCCCUGGGCCAGGCACCGUGCCCUGCGGUGAGGUCACAACGUCUGGGUUCUAUCUCCUCCUCCUGGGGCUGCUGUUGCCUUGGUUUCUUGUGGAGUUUGAGGGAGGAGAACCUGUUAAGAGGAGAGUGUUGAUCUGGGAGAUCUGCAGCCACGAGGAGGAUGAGGGCGCUCCGAGCUCUCUGUCCAUGUGUGUGUCCCCCGUCCAGAGCCUCCAGUCCUGAGGACAGAGACGGGGUGACGGGGACUGUCCCUGAGGCUGUCGACACCUUUGUGGCCAUUGGGACAUCUGGGCUGAAACAGCUGCAAGACCAUGAGGGCAACCGGGUGGACACAUACCGGGAGCUGGAGCAUGCCUUGCAGGGAGAGGAUGGCUGCUUGCCCGGUGGUGUUGUGAACCGCCUCAUAGCAGAGGCCUCGGGUGACCUGCGAGCAGCCCAGGGUGUGAUGGAUGAUGUGAAGAUGGCCGCCAGUGACUUCUUGGUGGCUCUGGCCCGCACCCACUUUUACUUCGUCAUGGCUGAGCUGCAGAGCCACCUGAAGGUGGUGGGGAAGGUCCCUGAUGAGGCUGUGCUCGUCACCUUGGGCAAGAUGGCUGGCAGCUAUGCCCUGCGCUGUGUCCCCUUCGCGGGAGCGACGCUGCUGGCCCUGCGCAGGACGCUGAGCCGGGCAGGGAGCGGCCGGACCCUGCGCAUCAUCUGCGGGGUUCUGGAGCGAUGGUCCAAGGGCAUCACCAUGUACUUGUGCAGCCAGAAACGACACCCCUUUCCUCAGAGCAGGGCAGCACAGCUCUGUGGAGACCUUUACCCGCUCUUCCAUCACGCAGUGGUAAAUUGGCUGGGCUGCAAGGAGGAACAGGUGAGAAGUGCUGCUUGCCACAGCUGGGGCCACAGCGGGGGUGUCCAUGAUAAUCGGGCGGUCCUGGGUGCGGUGACUGCCAUGGUUGGUGUCCUUGUGUGUGAGGAGCGGCACUGCCAGCGUGCCCGGGAGCAGCUCCUCCGGCUCCUGCGCCAGCACCAGCGGGUCCAGGACACCUCCCGGGUCACCGAGAACCUCGGCCACGUACUGCAGAUGCUGGGGGGAGGUCAGACCCCAACCCCACGGGGCUCAGCUCUCGCCCCCCACACCGCUGGGCACCACCAGGUCCCUGAUGUGACUGAGGAGCCUGGGCCAGCCCAUAAGGCGAAGCCAUCCCGCCCCAUGACGCUGCAGGCCCGAACCUGCCCCGCAGCUGUUCUGCGGUCCCAGCUGAGGCACGGGAGCGAGGCCCAGCGUGUGGCAACCCUGAGCCUGCUGGGAGAGCUGGCCCGCUCUGACGCUCCUGUAGCAAGGAAGAAGCUGCCCCAGGUGGUGGCAGCUGUGCAGCUGGUGUGCAACGACCCCAGCGCCCAGGUGCAGAGGGCAGUUCUGGAGUUCAUCUGGGAAUUGCUGAGCUCCGGCUCCCAGAGCUGCUGGCCACGGGAUGUGGUGGGGCACAUCUUCAGCGAGUACAGCCGGAGCUCGGGCAGACUGGCGGCAGGAGGCCUUUUUGCCUGGAAGCCCCAGGAGGACAGAGCUCUUCAGUCCCUGUGCGUGGACAUCCUGGGCUCACUGGAUGUCACUCGGAGAGGGAUGUCCCAGCUCCUGUGGCCCAGGCUGCUGCAGUACGUGGUGCCAGCCCAGUACAGCGGCGUGCUGAUCCCGCUGUCCCGCGGCCUGCGAGCCCUGCUGGAGAGACGGGAGAGAGCGGGAUGUGAGGAAGAGGAGGAGCCCGAUGCUGUGGACUCGCCGGAGCAAGCCCGGCUGCCGGCUCCCCAGGCGCUGCUGGCUCGAACGCUGGUGCUGGCGGCGGCUCCUCACACCAGCAGCGGCCGCGCAGUCGCUGCCUUGCAGCUGCUGCAGGCCCUGCAGGGCUGGAUCUGCGGGGCCUUGGGGACAGCGUGGGCCACCGAGAUCCCCCUCCUGCUGCAGCACCUGGCAGGAAGAGCCGAGAGCUCCCUGGACUCUGCAGAGUGGGAGCAGCAUGUGCUUAAGUUCUUGCGAGCAUCCCUGAAGCUCAUUGAGGAUGAGACCUGGAGCGUGGGCCUGAGCCAGCAGCUGAGCCGGCAGCUGGGCAGCUCUGCCCCCGGCUCCUGGCAGAAGCUUUUCCUCUACAAGGCUCUCGGGACAGCGCUGGCAGGUUGUCGGGACCUCAGCCACGUCCAAGGGCAGGUGCUGAGGUUCCUCCAGGACACAGACUCUGCGGAGCUCUCUGAGACCCAGGGGAUGAUUUCUGUGGUGUCCCAUGCUGCUGAGACCCACUUCAACCUGGUCUUGGACACAGUGACCGCUUUUACCAGAGACAGGUUUUAUGAGACUUCCACGGGCUGGAAGGCACAGCUGCCGCAGGGCACAGAGAGACCUCAGGCCACUCGUGCUGCUCUGAUGUGCGUGUACAGCGGCAUCGCUCUGCGUGCCCCCAGGGAGCAGCUGCUCGCCCGUGUGGAUAGGGAGAUCAUGGGCACCAUCCUGCAGCUCUCCAGAGUCACACAGAGGGAGAUGCAGCUCAAGCUCGCCCUGGUGCAGAGUGUCACUGAGGUCAGCUCUGCCAUCCAGACUGUGGGUGAUGCUGGCAGCUUUGAGCUGUCCUCGAAGCAGGAGGUGACACAGACCCUGCUGGACUGGAUCAAGGAGGAGCCUGCGGACUCCCUGGUGUACGGAGUGUUUCAGGCCCUGGAGGAGUUGAGCAAGCUGAGGCCAGCGCUGAGCAGGGAGGAGAACCGCAGCCUGCUGGCAGUGUGCUGCCAGGCUGUCCUGUCCUCUCCUUCCCAGGAGGGGAUGAAGAGGGGCAGGACGGUGCGGGCAGCUCUGAACAUGCAGCUUCUGCACAGGAGAAGUGUUGAAGAUCUGGGCCACCUCAUCGAGACUCUCCUGGCGGCAGAGGAGCCCUCGGCUGGCUUUGAUGAUGUGUUCCUUGUGAGUAGCCAGGGGGAAAGUGUUGCAGGGGCAGGGAAUCAAGGAUUUAGCGGGUGGCAGUAG